CAAAAAGAACCCUAACCGCCGCGGGGCCUCAUUUCUUUCUCUCUCUCAGCAGCCGCUCGUCUCGUGUGCGAACGUCUCUCUCUCUCUCUCUCUCACUGUCAAGGUCGCCGGUGAUUGCAACUUUUCCCGCCCUUCCGCCGCCGCCCCUGUUUCACAGCCCACGCUGUCGAGAUCCCUUCUCCCAUCACCGUGAUUCCGGCACCAGUGGGAAAAUCAUGCCUUCUACUACAAUUCACUGACAAGUGGUUCCAACCAGUGCAUGACUUAACCUUUGGCGUUGAAUUUGGAGCCAGAAUGAUUACAAUCAACAACAAACAUAGAAAGCUGCAAAUAUGAGAUAUGGAAUAUAAUCCUAUUCGUUAAAAGUCCACUUCUCCUAUUGCAGAUAACAACCUGCUGAAUCAGGUUUUUAUCUGACAUGGAGAGCUCAACCCAGACUUUUCAGAACCGGGCCUUUUCAAUCAAGCUGUGGCCUCCUAGCCAGAGUACACGGCUGAUGCUUGUGGAGCGAAUGACGAAGAACCUUUCCUCUCCUUCCCUUUUUUCCAGGAAGUAUGGUCUCCUGAGCAAAGAAGAAGCUGAGGAGAAUGCCAAACAGAUAGAAGAUGUUGCUUUUGCUGCUGCAAACGAGCACCAUGAGAAUGAGCCUGACGGCGAUGGAAGUUCUGCAGUGCAGCUGUACGCCAAGGAAUCCAGCAAGCUCAUGCUGGAAGUGCUUAAAAGAGGCCCAAGACUCAAGGAAGAUGGAGAAGUGCCAGUGUUUGGUAAAGCUCCUGUACCCCAGACAAAUGUUUUUGAUAUAUCUGGGGGCCGUAGGGCCUUUAUUGAGGCAGAAGAGGCCAAGGAGCUGCUGAGGCCACUAACAGAAACAGGUAACUUAUACACUAAGAUAUGCUUCAGCAAUAGGAGCUUUGGCAUCAAUGCCGCUCGUGUUGCAGAACCUAUCUUGGCAUCCAUUAGGGAUCAGCUAGCAGAGGUAGACCUUUCUGAUUUCAUUGCUGGAAGACCGGAGGCGGAGGCUCUUGAAGUCAUGACCAUAUUCUCAUUGGCCCUGGAAGGCUGCAUAUUGAAAUCUCUCGACCUGUCAAACAAUGCCUUGGGUGAGAAGGGCGUCCGGGCAUUUGGUGCGCUUCUGAAGUCUCAGACAAGCUUGGAAAGACUGUACCUGAUCAAUGAUGGCAUAUCUGAGGAAGCUGCACGGGCUGUCUGUGAGCUCGUGCCAUCUACUGAGAAGCUUCAGGUCCUUCAUUUCCACAAUAACAUGACAGGAGAUGAAGGCGCCAUUGCUAUUUCCGAGGUUGUGGGACGGUCCCCAGCUUUGGAGGAUUUCAGAUGCUCUUCUACAAGAGUAGGCUCUGAUGGAGGUGUUGCGUUAGCCAAUGCAUUGGGUUCUUGCACACAUUUGAAGAAGCUUGACCUGCGUGACAACAUGUUUGGUGUUGAUGCCGGCUUAGCUCUGAGUAAAGCUCUUUCGGGACUUGUGGGUCUUACCGAAGCUUACCUCAGCUACUUGAAUUUGGAAGAUGCGGGCACAAUAGCGCUUGCCAAUGCCCUCAAGGAAUCUGCUCCAAGGCUUGAAGUCUUGGAGAUGGCUGGGAAUGACAUCACUGUUGAAGCUGCAACUGCAUUAGCUGAGUGUAUUGCAGCGAAGCAGUUCCUCACCAAGUUGAACUUGUCCGAGAACGAACUGAAGGAUCAGGGUUCAAUUGUGAUCAGCAAGGCAUUGCAAGAGGGCCAUGCCCAUUUGAAGGAAGUUGAUUUCAGCGCGAACUCCAUUAGAAGGGUGGGUGCUAGGGUCUUGGUUCAGGCUGUUGCAGGUAAGCCAGAUUUUGUUUUGGUGAACAUCAAUGGGAACUACAUAUCUGACGAAGGAAUCGAUGAAGUGAAGGAUAUACUGAAAGCUAGUAAGAAAUCGGUCGAUGUCCUCGGGCCGUUGGAUGAUAAUGAUCCUGAAGGGGAAGACGAGGAUGCAAAAUCCGAAGCAGAUGAGGAGGGCGCUGAAGAGAAUGAAUUGGAGUCAAAGAUUCAGGAUCUCAAAGUGGCCCAGGAGUAGAAGGCUCCAUCUGGUGUUUUCUCACCAUUAUGACAUGAGCUGGGUUAGUCAUUUUCUUUUUGGUUGUCUAACCAUUCUAGGUUAGGGCAUCUUGGAAAACAUGGUUAGUUAUUUGACGGAUCUGCAUUUGACUAUGUAUUCAACCCUUGCAACACUAACGGCUGUAGCUUUUAAGUAGAAACAGAUAGGAUGGUGUGCUUGUUGUAGCUUAGGGUUUUAUGAUAGGCCGGAUUUAUCAGUAGUUUACUUGUUUUAGCGUUUGUUCA